GCUGGCAGUGAGUGAGACUGGCUGCGUGUGACUGACAAAAGGAGCAUAUUCUUCAUUUAUUUUGUGCUAGUUCCCUCAGUUUACAGACUUAGCAGAUUGCUAGAUGUUUUCGUCGACGAUAUAGAAGGCGUAAGUGCCAGUGAAGAUGGUGCUCACUCAGCAAGAGAACUUGACUGUCCUCGUGGGUCAGCGCUUUGUGUGCCUCCUUGGGAAGGAUUUGCAGGUGGACCCGGACACUGUUUCUAAAUGGCCCUGGAAAAGCGGGAUUGUCCGAGCCGCUUCCCAUAAGGAUCUUCACUGCCCUGAGAUAAAGAUAUUUGUGGAAUAUGAUGAUGAGUCGUGGGAAAACAGAACAUGGCUAGAAUUAUACGGCCCUACAGUUAAGAUGUUUCUAGUAGAGCACAAUUUGGUACUGGCAGACCAUGCGUCCCCAAGCAAUCCUUCAGUCUCUGUUCAGUGCCCGGCCAUGGUUUAUAAAGUCCUGGUGGGAAAAUUCUCUCUGGGAUCAACAGCCUGCUUACAGUUUCUUGGAGAGAAAGACAAAGUGUUCCUUUCUAAAGAGCUGGUGAAACCUGUUCGGGAUCGUGAGACUUUAAAGCAGUUUAUGCAAGACAACAAAACGUUUAACAAAGCUUUCCAAGAACUCAUAAGAAAAAGUGUGGACGAAAGCCGCUUACUCCAAGCUGCAAGAAAUAUCAUCAGUAUGCCUAUAAACGUCUAUAGCAUGGAUCCCUCGAUGCAGUGGUUCAGUGGAACCAUCACUAAUGUACGAACUGCUUCGCGGGCAUUGGAGAUAAAGUGUGAACAGUUACCAUCGUUAAAGAUUAUUGACCCUGCUCUGUUACAUGUUGUCCUUGUGCAUAAUUAUGGAGACCAAAAUGAUAAAUCCAAGAAACCUCGAGCGUCUAAAAGAAAGUCUCAGGAUACAGAGUCUGAGGAUCAGACUGAAGUAAAACAAACUCGUAAUGAAGAGGUGCCUAGUAAGGAUGUUACACAGAAAACAAGCUUUCUUACAUACCGUAGAGAUGAUGGAAAAACAUUAGUUGUGGUUGACAACCCAAAAGCAACAACAAACAACCUAUUCAACUACAUGACUCCAGCAACUGAAGAUCAGCAAAAGGUACAACAGAGUCUGUCUUCCAAGCAGUCUGUCCCAGUUGGAUUUGGAGAAACAUUGUUGGGGUGCGCUGCUACAACACCAGGCAUCCAAAAUGCUGCAACUCCUCCUCCGGCCAACUCUCCUCCAAGCUUUGGUGCAGCAACACCUCAAGGGAAAGGCGCCCAGAAUUUGCCAGGAGAUACUACAGUGUUGAAUGGUGAUGCAAACAGAGAGGAGACCAAUUUGUUCCUGAGCGCUGCAGCCUCUCAGGGCAAUAAGAGGAGCAUGGGUUUUGGGAUCAUGGAAAGCCCCAGUACUUUUUCAUCAUUAUCUACGAUGCCUUCAUGGUCUGGCCAACCAAACAGUGAAAAUGGCCUCAAGUCAGAGAACCUUUUUGCUGCAUUUACAAAGUCGUCAACAGUCUUUCCAAAGGGCUUUGAGUUUUCCGUGAAGAGUUUCCCGGAACAAAAGAUGCUCUCCGUAACAGAUUCUCCUAAAACUGCACUGCAGAAGACCUGCGUGCCGCAGCAAGAGCAAAAUGUCAUUAGGAAACCAGAGAACAAUCAUACCAGUGUGAAAGCCAUUAAACCCCAAGAGCCACCUUAUACAAAGAGCCCAAACAAAACUGAUGGUGUAACUUACCCCAAAUCUAUCCUGCUGAAUCCACAAAAGCUGAAAAGGCUUCAGCAGAGCGGGGAUUGCUUUGUGCAGGACGGCUCUUGCAACAACAUUGCGCCUCAUCUUCACAAGUGCAGGGAAUGCCGUCUGGACCGAUUUGGCCGAAGCAGGGAGCAGCGGGACUCUGCCGUAUUCUGCAGGUUCUUCCAUUUCCGAAGGUUGCACUUCAACAAACAUGGCAUGCUAAAGGAAGGAGGCUUCCUGACUCCCAAUAAAUACGAUGCAGAAGCAAUAAAUCUGUGGCUCCCACUGGCAAGCAGCGUUGUGGACCUUGAUCUCGAUACAGCAAAGUACAUCCUGGCUAAUAUUGGAGAUCACUUCUGCAAACUAGUCAUGUCCGAAAAAGAAGUGAUGUCUUCCACUGAUCCAUCAAAACAAGUUGCCUGGAAGAGAGCAGUACGCGGGGUCCGUGAAAUGUGCGAUGCCUGCGACACAACCAUAUUCAAUCUUCACUGGGUGUGCCCCAAGUGUGGCUUUGGUGUGUGUGUAGACUGCUAUAGGAUGAGGAAGAAAAGUUUAAGCAGUGGCGAGGAAGGAAAUGAAAUGUUCUCAUGGCUGAAGUGUAUGAAGGGCCAAUUACAUGAACCAGAAAACCUAAUGCCAACACAGAUUGUUCCUGGCAAAGCUCUUUAUGAUGUAUGUGAUAUUGUCCAUUCUGUGAGGGGAAGAUGGGGAAUAAAGUCCAACUGUUCAUGUUCCAACAAGCACAUGCGGCCGGUAUCUAAGCCUGUUGUAAAAGAAGAAGUAAAACCGAGCACUCCUGAACCAGAGCCCAUAAAGUCUCUCCUUGCACAGCCCAAUGUAUGCACUGUACCUGAUCCACCAGCCAUUCCUAUUAAACCUCCUACACCUGCCUGCUCUAGUCCAUUAAGUUGGCUGACAAACUUUCCACAGACAAUUGUAAACAAAGAAAAUAAAGAUAAUCUAUUUGCUUCCACUUCUAAAUCCGAACACAAACCACUCCCAUCAUUUGCCAGCUUCGGAAAGCCUGUAUCCGCCCUUCAAACAUUUGGCUCCUCAAUUCUGACGCCAACAACCAGCAAUAACUCCGGUUUUUUACGGAAUCUCCUCAAUGCUUCCACUUUAAAGCAAGAAACAAGUGACAAGAGCACCCCUAAAAUACUCGACGACAUAUUUGCUUCCCUUGUACAAUCAAGGCCAUUGUCUGAUUUUGAUAGAAAACCACAGGGGCUUCCAAUCCAGCCCAGCUUGAUGGGAUUUAAUACCCCACACUACUGGCUGUGUGAUAACCGAUUGCUGUGCCUGCAAGAUCCCAACAACAAGAGCAACUGGAAUGUAUUUAGAGAGUGCUGGAAACAGGGCCAGCCUGUGAUGGUAUCUGGGGUCCACAAUAAUUUGAAUUCAGAACUAUGGAGGCCAGAAUCCUUUAGAAGGGAAUUUGGUGAUCAGGAAGCUGACCUGGUGAAUUGCCGGACCAAUGACAUUAUCACCGGAGCAACUGUUGGAGAUUUCUGGGAUGGCUUUGAAGACAUUCCAGGUCGUCUAAAAAACGAUACAGGAGAAUCCAUGGUGCUGAAACUGAAAGACUGGCCUCCUGGGGAAGAUUUCAGGGACACGAUGCUCUCCCGCUUUGAGGACCUGAUGAACAACAUCCCACUGCCCGAAUACACCAGGAGGGAGGGCAAACUGAACCUCGCAGCAAGACUUCCAACCUAUUUUGUGCGACCAGAUCUUGGGCCCAAAAUGUACAAUGCAUACGGCUUAAUUACACCAGAGGACAGAAAGUACGGUACAACUAACCUUCACCUGGAUGUGUCUGAUGCUGCCAACGUCAUGGUAUACGUGGGAAUUCCUAAGGGGGAGCAUGACCAGGAUCAAGAAGUGCUCAGGACAAUACAAGAUGGCGACGCCGAUGAGCUGACCAUCAAGCGAUUCAUUGAGUUCAAGGAGAAACCCGGGGCUCUGUGGCACAUAUAUGCUGCUAAGGACACUGAAAAAAUCCGCCAGUUUCUCAAAAAGGUGGCAGAAGAAGAGGGACAUGAAAACCCUCCUGAUCACGACCCCAUUCAUGAUCAGAGCUGGUACCUGGACAAUAUACUGAGGAAGCGGCUGCUGCAGGAGCACGGGGUUCAAGGAUGGGCCAUUGUACAGUUCUUGGGAGAUGCCGUAUUCAUCCCAGCGGGGGCGCCACACCAGGUUCACAAUUUAUACAGUUGCAUUAAAGUAGCAGAAGACUUUGUAUCCCCAGAGCAUGUGAAGCACUGCUUCUGUCUGACUCAGGAAUUUCGCUACCUUUCCCAUACACACACAAACCACGAGGACAAGUUGCAGGUAAAGAAUGUAAUCUAUCAUGCGGUGAAGGACUCCAUCGCAAUCCUGAAAGCUAAUGAAUCCAGUCUGGGGAAACUUUAACAUUGUAACCUUCAUGGAGAAGAUCAGAUGAACUUCCUCUGGCAGCUGAGCUGACACUCAUUGCUCCCUCCAACCAGAUGACAAGUCAGUGAACAUAGAACCUCAUUCAUCACAACCAAUCACAACUGUCCUUUGGCCUAACUGGGAGGUUUAUGGAAUGUUUACAGUCACUGGUGGGGGAGGGGAAUCAUUUGGAAAUGGCGAAUUGAAGGUGAAGGAACCUGGAUGAAAACGUGUUGAAUCGGUUCUUCCGAGCGACUCCUGAAGAACUAACUAUUGCGUCAGAGCUGCUCCGUCGUUAAUCAGCGUUCCUGGAAGAGGAGCCGGGGGGACUUUAACACUCGUCGCAAACCAAAACACUUUUUUUAAACUGUACAAAUAGAUACCUCUCGUUUUUUUGGAUAUUUUCCAAAACUCUUACGCUGUAAAUCUGUUCAUUUAAAUUUGCUUUUUUGACUUAAUAAAUUCCGGGGGCGCAGAGGGAAAAUUAAAAAGGAAUAGUUAAAAUGUUCUUUUUAUAUAAAAAUAAAAGAAAUAUAUUGUAGCCAUUGAAAGCUUUGUUAGACUGAGAUGUAAAUAAGGCUCUUCUCAUUUUACACGGAGUUAUGACUAGCACUGAUGUGAAUGGCGGUUUCUGUAAUUAAUUUCUCCGAUUUAGAUGCGUCUGUCGAAUUGAAUUAAUUUAAUUAACGGUUACUUUGGGAUAUUGUUUUGUUUGGAUGGUUUGCAGAAGCCUCGGAGGGCAACACCCCCCCCAAUGAUUUGUGGGUCGGGGAGUUCACCUGUGAAUUUUUUUUAUUUUUUAUUUCAGUUCUUAAAUAAAUUUGUGUUUAUGCUA